AUGACGACGUUCCGCGUCGACGGUGAUUGCCUCUCCCGGCGUCAACCCUCCCAACUGCUCAUUCAGCUGUCUCAACUCAGUGGCAUCCCGAACAAUGAGCGACCAUUUGCUGAAAUAGUCGCAGACCGACCAACUCCCCUUCCCGAAGAUGCCCACAAAAUCGUUAUAAACCCGGCUGAAGUCGACACAUCGGUUGCCGUCACGCCAGUCGUCACCAAUAUCGUCCGGACGCCUCGCCCAACGUGA